AUGCCUCAGAUUCUCUCAGAGUCGCUGAGUGCUCUGGAGCCCAGGCCAUUCAACGAGGCAGAGGCAAAGGAGAAAGAGGCUGAGAAACCCAGCGAGCCGGAGAAGAAGGAGAAGCCCAAGCUCACUCUGACCUGGGACAAUGUCCAGGAGGUCCUUGACGAGCUGCGGCCAUACCUGAAGAGCGACGGCGGAGACUGCAAGAUCUCCGAGAUCGAGGGCUCGGUGGUGAAGCUGGAACUGAUCGGUGCCUGCAGUAGCUGUUCCGCAUCUUCGGUAACUAUGAAGAUGGGCAUAGAGAAGACGCUCAAAGAGCGCAUCCCCGAGGUUUCCGAGGUCGUGGCUAUAGAGCAGGAGCAAGAGCCUCUCACAGAGUCGGGGAUCGAGGAGGUCUUGAACGGCAUCCGACCAUUCCUCAGCGUCAGUGGCGGAUCCAUCGAAAUCUUCGAGCUUGUAGAUGGCGAGGAUGCAAAAGUUGUGCUGAAGAUGAUCGGCCCACCCUUGAAGAGCAUGGCCGUCCGUGUCGAAGUGCAGAACCGAAUCAAGCGCAAGUACCCGGCGGUUCAGAACGUCAACAUCGUGGGCGAGGACGGUAAACCGCCGCAGUCCGCGUGA